ACUAAAGAAGAAGAAUCGUUCAAGCUUUCUGCGCAUGUUACUGCGCAUGUUAAUCACAACAUAGCAUGAACGCAUGCUAUUAGUUUUCCUUAUUCAUUAUUCUCUGAAUUUCAGUAUACUUUAAUCUAAAAUGCCACCAAAGGGUAAAGGUGGCAAAGGUGGUAAAGCAGCUGCUUCAGGAAGUGCAGACGCUGAUAAGAAAGAAAAAGCACCCAAGGGAGGCACUUCAGUGAAGGUUCGGCAUAUUCUCUGUGAAAAACAUGGAAAAUGCAUGGAGGCGAUGGAGAAACUGAAAGCUGGGGUCCGCUUCAGUGAAGUAGCAUCACAAUACAGUGAAGACAAAGCUAGACAAGGAGGUGAUCUGGGGUGGAUGACGCGAGGAUCGAUGGUCGGACCUUUCCAGGAUGCAGCAUUUGCCCUCCCUGUCAGUUCCAUGGAUAAACCUGUCUACACAGACCCUCCUGUCAAGACUAAGUUUGGGUACCACAUCAUUAUGGUAGAAGGAAAAAAGUGACCUGGGAUGGCACAACAUUUGAAUUUUCACAGUUUGCUAUAUGGUAAAACUGAUGACUUCCUGAUUUCACACCAUCAUGUUUUGCUAAAUGUUUAUGAAAACAAAAUGGUCUUGUUUUGAAAUACCAUCAGGUUUGUCUUUGUUAAACGUACUGACAAUUUAACCUGAAGGUAUAUUUCUACAUUCACAUAAUCACCUGGGUUCUCCUUUUCAGUUUAAUAAAGUUUGUGGAACUCAAACCACAAAUGGAAAAAAAUGCAUUGUCAUUCA